AUGGCAGGUGCAAGGAAUGAGUGGAUAAAUGGGUACUUGGAGGCAAUACUGGAUGCCGGAGGUGACGCUGCUACGAUGAGGAAAACAAAUAAUGAUCAUCCUGGGGGCAACAGCAGACUGAUGAAGCUCUCCAAGUUUCAUGAUGAGAAAGAGAUGAAAGCUCACGGCGACGAUGAUUGUGAUGAUGAUCAAAAGGAGUUCAAACGAGCACAAGCAGAAGCAGAAGCACAGAGUUACAGUAGUACCUCCACCACCAAUAAGUUGUUUAGCGCUACAAGCUACUUCGUUGAAGAGGUUGUUAAUAGCUUCGAUGAAUCCGACCUUCACAGGACUUGGGUCAAGGUGAUAGCAACAAGGAAUACUCGUGAACGUAGUAACAGGCUUGAAAACCUUUGCUGGCGCAUUUGGCAUCUCGCCCGGAAGAAGAAACAGAUAGCAUGGGAUGAUGCACAAAGACUUGCAAGGAGACGAGCAGAGCGUGAGCAAGGGCGUAAUGAUGCAGCAGAUGAUCUUUCCGAGCUUUCUGAAGGAGAGAAGGAACCUGGAGAUGCCACCCCUUCUGAAUCUGCAAAACAUAUUAGCAGAAUUAACUCUGACAUGCAGAUGUGGUCCGAUGAAGAAAAGCCUAGGCGCCUCUAUAUCGUGCUAAUCAGCAUGCAUGGUUUGGUACGUGGAGACAACAUGGAACUCGGAAGAGAUUCAGAUACUGGCGGCCAGGUAAAAUAUGUAGUUGAACUUGCUCGAGCUCUAGCCAAUACAAAAGGAGUCUACCGUGUCGAUCUCUUAACCAGACAGAUCACUUCACCUGAGGUAGAUUCCAACUAUGGUGAACCAAUUGAGAUGCUAUCAUAUCCGCAAGAUGGCAGUGGUAGUUGCGGAGCCUACGUAAUCCGUAUUCCUUGUGGUCCUCCUGACAAAUACAUACCAAAAGAGUCACUAUGGCCUUAUGUACCUGAGUUUGUUGACGGUGCACUGAACCAUAUAGUUAACAUGGCAAGAGCCUUGGGCGAACAAGUCAAUGGGGGGAAGCCAACUUGGCCCUAUGUCAUUCAUGGUCACUAUGCUGAUGCGGGAGAAGUCGCUGCUCAGCUAUCUGGAGCUCUAGAUGUACCAAUGGUGCUAACUGGGCACUCUCUGGGAAGAAAUAAGUUUGAGCAACUGCUGAAGCAAGGGAGGCUUUCUAGGGAAGACAUAAACUCAACGUACAAGAUUUUAAGGAGAAUUGAGGCUGAAGAAUUGGGGUUGGAUGCAGCUCAGAUGGUGGUAACAAGCACAAGGCAAGAGAUUGAAGAGCAAUGGGGUCUAUAUGAUGGCUUCGAUGUCAAAUUGGAGAGGAAACUUAGAGUUAGAAGACGACGUGGAGUCAGUUGCAUGGGAAGAUACAUGCCAAGAACAGUGGUUAUUCCCCCAGGAAUGGAUUUCAGCUAUGUUACUGCUCAAGAUUCAUCAGAAGAUGAUCUGAAAACAUUGAUUGGGUCUGACAGAACUCCUAAGAAGGUGCAACUUCCUCCAAUCUGGUCCGAGAUAAUGAGAUUUUUCACAAACCCUCACAAGCCAGCUAUAUUGGCACUAUCCCGUCCCGACCCAAAGAAGAACGUGACCACCUUGCUCAAAGCCUUCGGGGAAUGCCAACCUCUGAGAGAAUUAGCAAACAUGAUACUAAUACUUGGCAAUAGAGAUGACAUCGAGGAAAUGUCCACUAGCCCCUCAGUCGUUCUUACAAAUGUACUCAAGCUCAUUGACAAGUAUGACUUAUAUGGUCAAGUAGCCUAUCCCAAGCAUCACAAACAAUCUGAAGUUCCUGAUAUCUAUCGCCUGGCUGCAAAGACAAAGGGAGUUUUCAUCAAUCCAGCUCUUGUGGAACCAUUUGGCCUCACACUCAUCGAGGCAGCUGCAUAUGGGUUACCAAGUGUCGCUACAAAAAAUGGAGGACCAGUGGAUAUUUUGAAGGCUCUUAACAAUGGCCUCCUAGUUGAUCCUCAUGAUCAGAAAGCCAUCACAGAUGCACUGCUAAAGCUGCUUGCUGACAAAAACCUCUGGAAUGAAUGCCGAAAAAACGGUCUAAAAAACAUCCAUCAUUUUGCAUGGCCAGAACAUUGCCGUAACUACCUUAGCCAGGUAGAUCACUGCAGGAAUCGCCACCCAAUGACCCGUCUUGGGAUACCAUCUAUCCAUGAAGAACCAAUGAGCGAAUCUCUAAAAGAAGUCGAAGACCUAUCUUUGAGAUUCUCGAUAGAGGGAGAUUUUAAGCCUGGCUGUGAGCUAGAUGCAGCAACUAGGCAGAAGAAGCUCAUAGAAACAAUCACCCUUAUGUCUUCACCAAGUGGCAGUCCAAGCAUUAACUACAGUCCUGGUAGAAGACAGAUGUUGUUUGUGAUAGCCGCUGACUGCUAUAAUUCUAACGGAGAAAGCACAGGCCAUAUUCAAGACAUCAUCAAGAAUGUGCUACAUGCUGCAGGCCUGAGUCUAGGCUUGGGCAAGGCUGGGUUUGUAUUGCUGACUGGCUCAAGUUUAUCAGAGACAAUGGAAGCGUUAAGAUUAGGUCCAGUAAACGCAGAAGACUUUGAUGCUAUAAUAUGCAACAGUGGAAGUGAAAUGUACUACCCAUGGAAGGAUAUGGUGGCUGAUAUGGACUAUGAAGCACAUGUUGAAUACAGGUGGCCUGGUGAGAAUAUUAGGUCAAUGGUGCUUAAACUAGCUAGGAUUGAUGAUGAAUCUAAUGAUGACAUCGUGGAGUUUGGAAAAGCAAGUGGUUCCAAAUGCUACUCUUAUAGCAUAAAACCAGGAAUUAAGAUUAGAAAGGUUGACAACCUUCGGCAAAAGCUCCGAAUGAGAGGCUUCCGAUGCAACCUUGUCUAUACACGCGCAGCUUCAAGGUUAAAUGUAGUCCCACUAUUUGCAUCAAGAAUGCAAGCUAUGAGGUAUCUUUCAGUCAGGUGGGGAAUUGAUAUCUCUAAACUAGUGGUCAUUGUGGGGGAACAAGGAGAUACAGAUUAUGAACAACUACUAGGUGGCCUUCACAAGACCCUUAUAAUAAGAGGUGUAGUAGAGCAUGGCAGCGAGCAGCUACUUCGCGAAGAAGACAAUCUCAAAAGAGAAGACUUAGUGCCUUUUGAAAGCCCCAAUAUCCACUUCCUAGAAGAGAGUUACGAAGCUCAACAUAUAUUGGCUGCACUAGAUGGGCUUGGAGUAAAAUAA